ACGUUGCAAUUUUAGAUUGGCUAAGCGACGGCUCAGUUACAUCUGUUUACGGAAGUUCUGCCACCCACUGCAAAGAUGGAGGACAAUAUCUCAGAUUUGAGCCGUCCACAGAUGUAUUUGUUCGGUUGCACACUGAAAGCGAACAAACGGGAGUUCAAAGUUGACGUAGAUGACGACGAUACUGAGCAGCAGCUGUCACUCAAAGCAGUUUGUCUUGGAGCUGAGGCUGAGGAUAAGUUCCACAUGGUGGAAGUGGAGGGUCUGACGUUUGAUGGGAAGACAACCAAAGUGCCGCUGGCUGCCCUUAAGCCUUCUGUCCUGCCAUCGAUGACUUUAGGUGGAUUUGAGAUCACUCCUCCUGUCACCUUCCGUCUUCAGUCUGGCUCUGGACCGGUUCACAUCAGUGGUCAGCAUUUUGUCAAUAUCAAAGACUCAGAGGAUGAAGAAGAAAACAACACAUCACCAGUAAAGAGACCUGCAAGUCUGAUGUCGGGGAAGAAGCUUCUAUCGAAAAAACUAAAGAUGGAUUCUGAUGAUGAUGAUGAAGAUGAAGAGAGUGAUGAUGAUGAUGAUGAUGAUGAUGACGACGACGACAGUGAUGACGAUGCAGUGAAGCCUCAAAAGAAAAUUGCAAAGGAGCCUGAAAAGGGUCGUGAAUCAAAGAAGCUCAACAAGACUCCAGUCAAACAGAACGGCCCUGCAGGAAAACCAUCAGGAUCUGUGGUUAAACCACAGACUAAGACACCUGCCCCGGGAAAAGACAAACCCCAGCCUGGCCCGUCUAAAAUCCCCUCUCUGGAUGAGAUUAAGACCAAGUUGUCGACAGCAGCAAAGGAGGGGAAGCCUUUGCCGAAGACUGAGCAGAAGUUUGAGAAUUACGUCAGGAAUUGUUUUAAAAUCACAGACAAGGAAGUGGCCAAGGAACUGUGGAGUGUGGUAGAAUCACUGAAGAUGGAGAAGAAGUAAACGGACUGUGGACAGCGAUGCAUUUGUACAUUAUGCAUCCCGUGAGACGUUUAAAGGCACAAUCGGCAAGAUUUCCAAGUUAGUCUUGUUGGGUUAAGGUUGCUAACUCUGAAUGGACAAGACCCAAGUGCUGAAAAAGCUUUUAAUAUUCAGGUGUUAUUUUUAACUGCAAAACCUUAAAGACAGUCAUCCUCAUCAUCCUGUGCCAAUGUGCACCACCUAUAGGUGAUAUGAAGAACAGAAAAUGAGAUUUUUUUUUUCCAUAUCUACCAAAAACUGUGAAUGUUUCACAGGCAGCACAUACAUUAUUUGAAAAUGCUGGUGCAAAUUUUUAUUUUUAAGAAACUAAAGAAUCGUAAACCAAACCAAAUUGCUGGUCCAGCAACACAUCAGAAUUUGCUUCAUCGUUAUGCCUUCGUCGAGGGCAAUGAAUGAAAUGAAAAAGUACUGCGACUAUUCAUGGAUGCAUGUGCUAAGUAGUGAAUGUGAGCACCUACACUGCAACUCUGCACAACAUCCAACUCUUCACCUGCAGGUGAUGCAUGUUGCAACAUCUCUAUCUCUGUAAGACUGUGUUUCUUUCACGAGUCAAUAAUGCAAUUGGAGAAAUUGCAGAAUGUGCCUUUAAAUAUCUCUGCUGUAAACCGAUCAAAAUGAGAGUGUUGUUUUUUUUUUUUUUUUAUCCGUUUGAACAGUAUAAAACAAAGGAAUUGAACCGAGAGUUGUUUUAAGAGGACAAUUCUUUAGUCAACAAUCAGUGAUGUUUCUGUUUUUUUAAGUUGGAUGUAAUGUGUUGUUGGAUGUGUUGGAUAUAACAUGAUUUACAGCUUUUAGCCAUGCUUACAUGCUGUUCUGUUAGUUUUCCUGCUUAACUGCUGCACACUGCAUAUCGUACAAGGAGCUGUUUUUUACUACUUAAAACUUUAAUGUAAAAGGCCACAUCACAUGUACUGAUUUUGAUAAGGGCAUAUUGAUUCUGUAUUUGAUCAAUUUUAAUGUGAAUAUUUUAUGCGAUUGAACUUGAAAUCAUUUUCAUCAUAUUCAUUGACCUUUUUGUAAAACUUUCAGACCCAUGUCCCAGGUUAGGGUUUGUGAAAAGUUCAGUGCUGCCUGUAGAACAAAAAAGAAAAGAAAAAACAACUCAAUUAACGUAUGAUUAUUUGUUGUCUCUUAGAGAGAGACUACAGCCUACAAUAACAAACAACCACAUUAGUAACAGUAUAUGUGGAUCAUACCCAUGUGAUUCAUGGGUUUCUAUGCUAUUACUGUAUAAAUUGAUCUUAUUCCCUAAUAUUUACCAAGUGUGUUACCAUAUACAGUAUGCAUUAGCAAGGACUCAUCUGUAGCAAAGAAUACUUUCUAGGGAAAAAAAGUCCAUAAAAGUACCACAGAUGUCUAGACGUAAUGUUUUUUU